UUUAAUUUAGUUUCAAGGAAAUUUUUUAUUUUUUUGAAUGAAUCCACUAAAUAAAACGGCAUUACGUAGGGACCACAGGACCAGAAAUAAAAAUCAUGGGGAAGAUCUGAACUGCAUUUACACCUUUAUUGCUCGUGAUCGUGGUGCGUAAAUUAAUGCUAUCAAAAUAAUUCGAACCGAAUUUAUAAAGACGGUCCAAACCAACGCCGUGUACUCUGUUCCAGAUCUCUCCGGAUUUUGCCAUUCCGGUGAUCUUCUGUCUUUGCCAUGGGUUCCAACGCCGCCGAGGCCGCCUCUGCGUUUCAACUUACGCCGGAGGAGGACGAUGAGGCGUGCGUUCGCGCCCGCCAACUCACCACCGGCGCUGUCCUCCCCAUGGUCCUCAAGACCGCCAUCGAGCUCGGCCUCCUCCAGAUGCUCGUCGACGCCGGCCCCACGGCGGCGCUGGGUCCCGACGAGAUCGCCGCUCGCCUGCCCACGCAAAACCCCUCGGCCCCCGACAUGAUCGACAGAAUUCUCCGCUUGCUCGCCGCCAACGACAUCGUCCGCUGCGCCGCCGCCGAAGGCGGCCUCCGGAAGUACUCCCCGGCUCCCAUCUGCAAGUACCUCACUGACAACGCCGCCGCCGCCGGAUCCAUGGGCAACCUAGUCUUGAUGCAUCAAGAUAAAGUCAUGAUAAACAUUUGGCACGGCUUGAAGGAGGCGAUCCUGAACGGCGGCCACCCUGUGCUGGCGGCGUACGGCAUGACGACUUUCGAGUACCAAGCCGGCGAUCCGCGGUUCAACAAGGUGUUCAACAACGCGAUGAAAUCCGUCUCCUCCCUCGUCGUCAAGCAUCUCCUUCCCAAAUACAACGGCUUCGACGGCGUCGGAGUUCUCGUCGACGUCGGCGGAAACGUCGGCGGCAACAUCCACAUGAUCACCUGCUUCCACCCCCACAUCAAGGGCAUCAACUUCGACCUCCCUCACAUCAUCGCCGGCGCUCCGCCGUUGCCAGGAGUCGAGCACCGUGGCGGAGACAUGUUCGAAUCAGUUCCCGCCGGCGACGCCAUUUUCCUCAAGUUGAUUCUCCAUGACUGGAGUGACGAGCUGUGCGUGAAACUGCUGAAGAACUGCUGGAAAUCGUUGCCGGAGAAAGGCAAGGUGAUCGUGGUGGAGGCCGUCGUUCCGGCGGUGCCAGACUCGAGCGCAAAGUCGAAAGUCAUACUCCAGUUGGACCUGUGCAUGAUGGCGUACAACGUGGGCGGGAAAGAGAGAACAGAGGAGGAGUUCAGGGCUCUGGCGGUGGCCGCCGGCUUCCGAGGCUUCAAUCUUUCUCCGGUGUUUGCCGACUCUUUUGUCAUGGAAUUCAUCAAAUAGAUUGACUCCCGUCUUCUUAUGUGUCGAUUUCUUGAUCCAGAUCAAUAAACUUUGUGGGUGCUUUUCAUGAUCUGUUGAAUAUGAGCUCGCAGAUCUAUCUCACUUUAUGGGUGUUUAAUCUGUUGAAAUCGAACAGAAAUUUCAUGGAGUUUUGCAGUCGAUCGACAUGAGGCUGCCUGUUUCCGCA